CUGGAAUACAGCUCUGAAUGUAAUUGGAGGAACUAGUUCCGUUUGCUAGUGACUCAAAAUUCCGAAUCAGCCGUCAUCUGUGGAUUCCCAACGUUCAAUAGCGUGCAGAGGAUUGACUUAAAAUGUUGGGGCUUCAACGAUUCGCCGGCACUUUUGUCACCCAGUUGUACCGCCGUGCGGCGUACAGCAGCAAUGUUCGGGUGGCGGGAGUUCCGUUGACCACCGCUGGGGGUCAAACGGACGGAGGGGAGCCGGAGUCCCGAACGCCGGCUGCAGAGGCGGUGGCAAAAAAGCCCAGAGGCAAUAUGGUAGCCGCUGCCUUUGAGUCUCUGAAAAACGACAAUCCUAAGGAUGAGAGCAAGAAUCUGGCCUCCAGCAAGAUAGACGAGCGCAUCAUUAAUGCCAAGACGGUCAAUGGACUGUUAGCUAUCACGGAGAACAAUACCGCCUUCUCAAGAAAGCAUGCCCUUAGAAUCGUCUCCAUCCUGGCCGAGUGGAGCACCUUGGAUCGGGUAAAGAUCUCCGAGUUCGAGAAUGACACCAGAUUCCUGCGCAUUUGCCGGAUGUUGGGCAGGACUGUGCCGAAGAGUAAUGGUAACAACAACAAAACUGUGGCAGAUACCAAUAGCGCUUCAAAGCGUAUUUCUGGCUUCCGGACGGAUGAUCUGAACACGGUGCUCGGCGUAGCCGGUGAUGAUGAGGCGGCCAAGCUUAUAGCCAGCAUCAGUCUGCCCCAAAUGGUCAAGGUGAUGAGCACGCUAGCGCAACGAAAGAGGCGUAGUACUCCUCUCCUUCGAUCCCUGGCUUUCAACAUUAGCAGCGCCCCGGAGGCACUGGAUCUGAAGCAAUCAGCAGAUGUUCUCUAUGCCAUGUCAACGUUGAACUUCCAGGACUCGGUUCUGGGCGCCAAGGUGUGUGCAGAUGUUCAAACAGCACUGCCCAAAAAUGUGGAGAAGUCCGCUGUCGUGGGUUCCAUCAUCACCAGCCUGGGCAUUCUGCGUUACCGGGAUUUGGACAUUUUGGAAUCGCUGACCCAGUGGCUCUUGAAGAACAGUGAAAUCUGCCGGCCUCAAGAUCUCAGCGCCUACUUUCUUACCUCAGCUUUGCUUAACUUCAAAAGCGCCCAGCUGGAAGAAGUAAGCAACAAGCUGGUUAAGUCCAUUGUGCGCGAGGACUUUACCAAGCAAUCUGAAUGGCUAAGCUUUGUGUGGUCGCUCACAAUGUUGGGUCUAGUGGAACACAACCACUUGGCAUCUGUUUUGAGUGCGGACUUCCUAGAGACUUUAGAAAAGGACAAGGGUGGCGUUACAGCCACCUCCAAAAUGAGGCUACUUAACCUGAACAGCUAUGCCCACUUACUAGCCACAGAUUACAAAGGUCCCCUGCUCAGCGCAGACAGUUCUGUCUACCAAGUGCCCAUGGCGCACCCCAAGUCAAAGCAAACGCUGGUUAAUGGCAUGCUGGAUGCCCUUAAGAGUCUGCUGCCGGCCAGCAAUCAUUUCCAGAGUGCGGUGGACAGUAAAAUGGGUUUCCUCAUAGAUGCACUGUGCCACUUUGACGCUAACCGAAAUCCCCUGCCUUUGGACAAAGAAAACCCCAAUGCCGUUAGGGUUGCGCUGAUGGUCAUCGACUUCCAUGACAUUUGCCACGGAACGCAUCGCAGCGGCAGCGGCGUUACGAAUCUGACGUUUGACCUGCUGGAAAAGAGUGGCUACCACGUGAUUCCCGUGCCCUACAAUGAGUUCAGUACCAGCGACAAACUACUGAAGCGCGUUCAGUAUUUGGAAGCGAAGUUCAAGGCGAUUGCAAGUAGCAAAUAGUUGCAAUUGUAGUUUAUUUAAUUUUUCUUGUAAUGAUUGAUUAUUAUCUGAAUUGUUUAAAUUUUGUAAAUGUAAAAUUAGGCGCUGAAUUACAAGCUAAACCCAAA